GUGGUGAAAGUGAAAAUGCUGUUUAAGGUUGUGGCUCUUUUCCUGGCCAUUGGCGCCGUCUACGUAGCUUCGGUGCCCACUCCCGUGGAAAUUGAGUCGGAGGGCUCGCUGGUGAACCUCCUGCUCAGUUCCCCGGCCAUGCGAUCGGGUGUCUUUAACGUUGAAUGCGUGGACCACUACUCCCCGCUUCUCAAGGGGCACGUCGAUAAGUACAACGAGGAUUUCAACACCUGCAACUACAAUUACGAGAACGCCUACACCCUGAUCGAUGGCAGUUUCGCUGACGCCCGGAACGUACUGUCCAAUUCCGUCAAGGAAACCUGUGCUUCCCUGCUGGAGUGCGAUGGCAAGUUCUUAAAUUACGAUGCCUUCGAGUGCCUGGCCCUUGGGGGACCUUCCGCAUCUAAGGGACUGGAACAAGCUUCCUACCAGGCAGCUGAUAACCAAACUAGCCUGCAGGGUAAAGUGUCUGCGAUCCAAGCCACUCGUUCUACUUGCCAUACGGAGGCCUACCGAACCUAUAGCAUCAAUCACGGCGAGUGCUACUCGGAUAUGGUCUCCUGUCUAGGUGAUCCUAACUGGGAAAUUCCCACUACCAACUAUGUGCUGUAA